CGAAUUUUAAGUAGUGAAUCACCGGGUAUAAAUCGAUGACUUGAGUAAUACAGAGGAAAAAAACCAGGCGAAAUCUUCCACGAGAUCUUUGUGUGUUUUGCAUGUUUAUGCGUGAGCACAUAAACAAGGUCGAUUUGGAUCUAGCGUUACUCAGAGACCACAAACUGGUAACUUGAAAAUGAUCUGCCUUCAAUGAGCAUGUCUUUAAAACAUUAGUUGCUGCAUGCCCGGGAGGUUUAUUGCUAGAUCUGGACAUUUCUUAACUGGUUUGAUUGGGGUUAAAAACAACUGAAGAGUUACGAAUUAUCAGUGGAACAAAACAGCUUUCAGGACCAUGAAUCAACUGCUCAUCCUCCCCUGCCUACUUUUGGCAACUUACUAUUGCAAUGGUGGCAGAAUCUUAGUGUUUCCAGAAGAUGGCAGCCACUGGGUAAAUAUGCAGGUCAUACUCAAGGAGUUGCAUGCCCAUGGCCAUGAUAUAACCGUGGUACGAUCGUCCAGGAGCUGGUACAUCCAGAACAGUUCUCCUCUCUACAAAUUCAUUAAUGUUAACCUCACUAACAUAGAAGAUGGAAGCUCGAGGUUAUUUGAGACCUUGUUAGAGCGGUCACUAGCUUUACGUAGGAUGACACCCAUCCUGCGCUUUUUUGAACAGCAGAAGGAUCUAAAGACUAUGUUAGAGAUAUUCCACGGUGGAGCGCUUAGCAUCAUUUCUACCAUGUUAGAUGACUCAGCACUGAUGGGAAAACUAAAAGAUGCUAAGUUUGACCUAAUGCUCACUGAUCCUGCUUUCCCUGCUGGGGUUCUGUUGGCCCACUAUCUCCAUUUACCCAUGGUGUAUAACGUGCGCUGGCUCAAUAUAGGAGAUGCACACAUGGCCAUUGCUCCAUCUACUCCAUCUUAUGUUCCCAUGGUUAACUCAUUGUUCAGUGACAGAAUGGACUUCCUACAAAGGACUGAAAAUAUCCUUCGAUAUAUGUCUAGUAUCCUUCAGGAGCAAUUUGUUAUUCUCCCCAUUUAUAAUGAAUUGCUUAAGAGGCACUUUCCACCAGGAGCAGAUCUUCUCACCAUGCAGCGGUCAGCAGAAAUUUGGUUGAUGCGUGUUGACUUUAUUUUUGAGUUCCCACGCCCUAGUAUGCCUAAUGUAGUCUACAUAGGUGGCUUUCAGUGUCGGCCAGCUGAACCCAUUCUUACAGAGCUGGAGGAGUUUAUGCAGAGUUCUGGUGAGCACGGUGUGGUGGUCAUGUCCCUGGGAGUCAUGGUUACUGCCCUUCCCAAACCAAUCACAGAAGCCAUUGCAGCUGCCUUUGCUAAGCUACCUCAAAAAAUCAUAUGGAGAUAUGUAGGUGAGCCACCUUCAUCUCUGGGUAACAACACUUUGCUUCUUAAAUGGCUUCCUCAGAAUAAUCUUUUGGGGCACCCCAAAACAUGUGCAUUUGUGUCUCAUGGUGGCACCAAUGGCAUUUAUGAGGCUAUCUAUCAUGGAAUUCCUGUGUUGCUUCUGCCACUUCUCUUUGAUCAGUUUGACAAUGCAAUUCGACUGGAAACCCGAGGUGCAGCCCGUGUGCUCCAGGUCACCACACUGACUUCUGAAGAAUUCCUUAAAGCCCUCAAGGAUGUUAUUAAAAAUCCAUCUUACAAAAGCAACAUGCAGAAACUCUCAGAGCUUCAUCGCGAUCAACCCAUUCCUCCACUAGACAGUGCCACGUUCUGGAUUGAGUAUGUCAUAAGACACAAAGGAGCUCAACACCUGCACUCAGAAGGAAGCAGGCUUCCAUGGUAUUCCUACCACAAUCUAGAUGUGGUAGGGUUUCUGACAGCCAUUGUUUUAGCUGUACUCUGGGCCUUAUUAUAUAGUGUUAAAUUCCUUUGCUGUAUGUCAAACAGAAAGCAAAAGGUUGAGUGACCGAAACUGAGCGAUCCAUAAGGAUGCAUUUUAUAUGCAUUUUAUAUGCGUUUUUUUCCUUUUGAUGUUGGUGGUGGGAUUGUGUGUGCGUGUGUGUGUGUGUGUGUGUGUGUGUAAGCAUUUUAUAGGACAAUCAACAAACUAACAAACUAUGAUAAAUACUAUUGCAUCCUUUUCAAACUAGAUUAUUUAACAGCUAAGACCAAUAUACAUUAUAUUUGUUACAUAAUCUUCAUUACAGCAUUGACAGGUUUUAGAUUAUACAAUACAUUUCCUUCACUAUAGUUGCUCCAAAGUUGCUCUAAAGUUAAUUGUUAUAAAGUUAUAACUUUCUGCCAUACCAUUACAAUGCCAAAACCUAUGACAAAUAUCAUGCAGCUUCCUGUUGUGCCACCAGAGCAGCUCUGGCCCCUUGCGGCAUGACUCCACAAGACCUCUGCUCUGGGGGUGUGCGGUGGUGUCUAGUGCUGGGAAGGUAUCAGAUCCUUUAGGUGUAGGGUAGGGCAUCUAUGAAUAUGAUUUGUUUGUCCAGCACGUUCCAUGGAUGCUCAGCAAGAGUGAGAUCUGGGGAAUUUGGAGGCAACAACCUUGAACUCAACCUUGAGCUCAUAAAGCUCCACACACAGCAGACCAUGGUGCACUGGGUGUUCUGAUGCCUUUCUAUCAUGGCCAGCAUUAAUUUGUGAUUUGUUUUGCAUUGGCUUUACUGAAGUAUUGAAACCGGCAAGCUGGCCUCCCUCUGGCCUUGCAUGCACAUAAUCCUGUUGCCAGUUUGCUGGUGUAUAGUGAUGAAUUUUAUCCACUGGUCAGUGGCCAUAACGCUAUGGCUAUAUGCUAUCUACAUGACUUAGAAUUUGAAAAUUUAGUUUUUAAUGUACAUGUAUAUGGUAUAAUUUUUAUGUUUGUUUAUGUAUAUGUAAAAACAAAAAAAAGUAUAUUUUUGUGCUGAAAUAAAAAUGCAAAACCAAAUACAGAUAUACAUAUCAUAACAAAAUCUGAAAUUGUGCAUAAAGUAAGAUCAUAUGAAGAAUGUUUAAUUAAUUACAUUUAAAUAUAUAGCCAGUCUUCACAUAGAUGAACAUAAAACAAAAUUAUUAAUCUCAUUGAGGGGCUUUUGUUAUAUGUACAGUACAUGUGGUUA